AUGGCUAUUAGGCUUUUGUUGAGUGAGGAUAUUUCUCCUCAUAAGAUCUCUUUGCUAUUCCUAAUUGGAAUCUACUGCACUGGGAACUUACCACACAAUGAAAUACGAAUUGUGUUGCGGACAAUCAUGAAAUUGUUGGAAUAUGAACCGUUAUAUAAAAUCAAUGGAGAGAUGGUGGUGGUUCCGGGAAUAUUGGACCUUGUAAAUAGCAUAGGACCAAAAUCCUCCAUGCUAUUAUUGACUGCGUUAUGGAGAAUCAACUCUGUGGAGAGUCUUGAGACUAGCAUAUCUGCAAUGCAGUCAUUGUUGAGCUCUCCAAAUAUGGUGGUCAAGCAGCAGAUUUUAAUCGAAAACGAUGACGAGAACGAGAAUGGAGCAGAAAAUGUGGUUAAAAGGGAAAUUCAAACAGUACAGAGCAGGAUACUACCCAGCUCAUUUCUCGGCCUCUUUCUACAGAAGAUAGUCACAACUUGUAGCUUGUUGCACUUUGAUGAAAGUUUGCUUUUAUAUGAGUCCUUUCUAAGCUAUAGAGAAGAUUCCUACGACAUGUUUUUAAAGUUGGGCGGUGACGUAGAAGGUGAAAAGCGUAAACUAGCGAAGGAUGCUAUAGUUCCUUCUGGGAAACAGAAGAAAAGCAACAAUGAAACCCAGAGUGAUUUUGAUUUGUAUAGUUCAUUGAGCAAACAAUUGCAUAUAGAGGGUCUACCAAUUCAGUUAUCUUUACACGAUGGCCAAGAAGAUAAAGAAAAAAGCAAAGCUCAAAAUUUUCAUAGCUCUCUUGUUCCAAUACCGAAGCAUGACUUACAAAUAUUGCUUGACAAACAAGUGCAACUCCUAGAAUCCAACGGUACUCCCACCCCACCACUUCUUAGAGAAAUAAUGAACCUAAUGACCUCCCCUAAUUCUAACACUAGCUUAAUUCAAAAUGCUGAUUUUAGCAACUUACCAUCCUACCACUACAUUGCAUAUCUCGAAGCUCUAAAAAAUUCUGACUAUAACGGAGCCUUCUCGGCGCUUCACCAAUACUUUGAUUAUAUGGUGUCCAACAAUUCCAAAUACUUUUAUCAUUUUGCACUUAUUUCCAGAGCAUCGUUACAUCAACAUUUCGGCGAAGAUGAAAAGGCAUUGAAUGCUAUAGAAGAAGCAAUAUCUGUAGCUCGAGAAAACAAAGACAAUUCCACAUUGACGUAUAUUUUACUGUGGUUAUACAAUUUCAUGAAGAACAAACCGCAACUAUGGCACAAGCAAUCUUUCAACAAUGAACAACAUUUGCUAGAGUUUUUAGUUACAAAAUGUCAGCUGGUAAGUUUGCCCUUAUAUUCUAUGAGUUAUCAAUUUGAAACCUUGCACGUCUUGAACCUGGGGGAAGGAAGUAUUAGCAAGUACAUAGAACUGCUUUUGAAGGCAACUUACAUAUCAAUCCACGAUUAUGAGCCUGCCUCGUUCAUGAAAAGUAUUGAAUUAAGUUCGUCAGUGUGGUUCAGAAUUGGGAAUACUAACUUGGCUAAGAUUUAUUCAGAAGUUGCUAAAGAUGUCAAUCCAAAAUUAAAUAUCUACGAUAAUGUUUCCAUUCAAAUAAGGCAGGCAUACCUUUUAUUUCACCAAGGUGAAGUUGAGAAUGCUUAUCAGAAAUUGGAAAAGUUGAAGAAGUUGGUCGGUAACGACAGAAUUCUAUCCCACAACCUCCAAAUCAGAUCAUUGAUACUAUUAGUUAAAAUUAACUUGAAAAGAGAAAGGCCUUACGUUGCAGAAGGCAUAGUGCAAAUUCUUAUGAACACAGAAGUACAAGAAUUGGAAUUAAAAUUAGAGUUGGUUUACUUAUUCUCUGAAGUACAAUUAGAACUAGGAAAUCUAACUAGGGCACUCACGUACUUGACAGACAAUAUGUCCUUAAUCAAUGAAAAUGAAGUUCCAAUGAUGAUAAAGUUAAACUUAUUGAAAUGCCGGAUAUUCAUAGAUUCUGGAGUCCAAUCAAGAGGACUUCUGCUUUUACUACAACAAAUACAGAGAGCGAAAAAGAUUGGUAUGAUGACCUUGGUGGUGGAGGGGGAAUGCCUAUUGAUCUCUCUUUUGAAUAGAAUGGAGAGCUACCAGGAUUCUUAUCUGAUACUUUAUUCCAUUAUGCCGAAUGUCUUGAUGGUUCAAGGGCAAGAUUUCAUAUCGACGGCAUACUUCGAAUUUGCCUAUGUUUGUAUGAAAUUACUAGAGCAGGAUACCACCAACAAGCAGCUACUUGGCCAAUUUUUCAGAUUUCUAAAUAUCAGUAUCGAUGGACAUAAAAAAUUGCUCAACCUAAAGCAGCUUAAAAAGUGCUUUGAACUUGAGUAUGAAAUGGCCAAAUUAAGAGGAAUAGAAGAAUUGGAACAGCAUGCUGUAAAGUCAUUGGAGAAAUUGAAAAUUAGAUCAGAAGAAGAAGUAAACUAUGGUUUCAUUCAAGAAUAG